UGAGAAGAAGGCUUCGAGGGCCGGAGGAAGAAGCGUCAAAGAAACAAGAGACCGACGAGGACCGCGAAAAGAGCGUCGCUAGAAGGCAGCCGACAGAGCGUGCAGCUUUUCUCCACCGCGCGUGUCUGGUCUCGCGCUUUUUCUGUUUUGUCUGUUCUCCUCUGGCUUUCUUUUUCUUCCUACGAAAACGCCUCUCGUUUCCUCGUGCUCUCCGGACCUCUGUCGGCCUCGCACUCUGUUUCGCCUUUCCGCCGACGCCUGCACCCUCCCUUUUUUCACCGUUUCGCCCUCCGCGGGUCCCGCUGCUUCUCUUGCGCUCCUUUUUCCUCUUCUUUUUCGGACAAGAAAUAUGCAUGCAUCGACUCCACUCUCCGCUCUCCGAAGGCAACAGACACCUCCCUUCUUCGCUACGCAGAGUCCACGCCGACAGCGGCUGGCCUCGCAGGUGAAGAGCCGAGGGAACUCUUCUGUCUCUUUCCGGGAACCCCCAGGUAUCUCUCGAACCUUCUCUCUUAAUUCGCUGUUCUUCACUUCUUCUCCUACCUCUUCUCUUUCCUCUUUCUCUCUUUUCUCCUCUUCUCCUACAUCUCCUUUUCUUUUCUCCUCUUCUCCUCCAUCUCCUUUUCCAUUCUCCUUUUCUCCUACAUCUUCUUCUCUCUUCUCCUCUUCUCUUCUCUCUUCCCCGCUUAUCUCUUCUUCUCUUACUUCCCCUCGUUUCUCUCUGCUCUCCUUUUGUUUUCUUCACUUCUCCCUUGCCGUCUUUCUCUUCUGAUGUCUCAGCUGCUUUCGACUCUUCGAUCUUUCUUCUGCGCGAGGGCGCUGUUUCCGGCUUCUGGUCGUCUCCGUCCCUGCUGCCACAGACCUCGAUUCCCUGUCUCCGUCUCUCCUGGUCGGGCGUCUUCUUCGUUCUUCUCUUCACUCUUUGCUUGUUUCGCGUAGUCUCUUCUUUGGGCGGACGCAGCGAUGUAGACAGGAGAGACACCUGGUUGCGUGCUCCAUCGGGAGCGAGACAAACUCUCUCCUCCAGCUGUCGUCUCGCGCAGGUGUACAGCUGACCCGCUUCUUCCAUCAGUUGCAUGCGUGGAAAUGUUGUUCUGCAUGCAGUCAGGAGACGCGUUUCGGUGACUAGCGAGAAUGGCGUCUGUUAGCGCGUUUCAUUCCGAGGAGGAUGGUGCAGACGCAUCUGACGACAGCUCUGCCUCCGUGUGGACCGCAGACUUUUCCUCUUCUGUCUCUUCUCUUUCUGUUUCUUCCUCCCUUUCUUCUCUCUCUCCCUCUUCGUCGCCUUCUUCUCUUUCUCCUUCUUCUCCUUCCUCUCCGAUAUCUUCUCCUCGACAGGCAGCUGAAGAGUCCUGUUCUCCUCGACCCUCUUCCUCUACUGUCCCCGCUCCAGGCCGUCGCCUUCGCUUUGUUCGCUGCCUGUCUCUUCUUCGUCUCCCCCUCGAACCGCCUAGUUCCUCCGAUCCCUCGUCUUCAUGCUCACCUCAUCUGUCCUCUUGUUUCUCUUGUUCUCUUCCCGUGUCUGCCUCUCGCACUUCCUCGUCUUCGGCUCUUUCGCAGCGAGCAUGCUCUGGACUGUCGAGUGAGGAAGAGAAGCGUCGGCAUCUCUCAGGGAAGCGUCUUCCUUGUUCGUUUUCGAGGACUGCUUGCGUGGAGUCCGAGCGCGGAGAGCCCGGCGGAGCUCCAGCGUUUUUCCUGACGCUGCGUCCGGUGCUGCCGUGGUGGCUGCAUGCGCCGAAAUGCGUUCGCAGCCCCUGUGCAGGCCGCCGCGAGAAGACAGCUCGCGCGGCAGCAGACGCAGAAACGACGGACGCAAACGCAGGCUUGUCAGAGGGACGCUGCACACCGCAAGGAGACAAGUGUCUCCGCUGUGCGUCGCCUGUCUCCUCUGCUCGAGGGGCAUUCCACCCCACGAAGGAGACAGAAAACCUCGAGAGUGACGACGCCGGCCAGCAGCGCGAAGAGACCAAGCCGCGCAGGAUCAAGACGCCUUUCUCCACUUCUUCUUCUACUCCAUCUAAUCCCUCCUCUUCCCCACCGCCUGUCGAACCUGAAAGAAGCUUCGGCUCCUCUGUUUGCGACCCCUUUUUGUCUGAGCAUUCUCUUUCUGAGUGCUCUUCUCCAAAUUCUCUGGCUCUCUCGUCUCCUGUCUGUUCUGUUCUUCCUUGCGAGGCUGUGGGUGAUGCGGGAGAAGGAAAGUCAGAACUGCGUUGCUUGCCGGCGAUUCGCAGCGGCUUGUUCUUCACGCAACAGCCCUCCUGGAACCUCUCUGGCGCUGAUGAUCUCGAUGCUCUCUCCGCGCUCUGUCACUCUUUUUGGCUUUCUCUGACGCCUGUCUCUCCACAUCCAAAACGACAGUCUCCUGCUUCCUCUUCUUCAUCGACCUCCUCCUCUUCUUCGGGCUCUCCUGCCUCUCCUCCGGCGCUUGUUUCUUCUCGUCCUUCACACGUUUGCAGAGGUCGCUUGGAAGCGCUGCAGUUUUCUGGAGAUGACGACGCUCAGGGCGCCGAGGUUCCUCUGUGCUGGGUGAAUCUGCGGGAGCUCCGGCCUCUCCACCCUGGGGAAACGCUUUGGACUUCCCCAUCUGCUCCGCAUGCAUGCGCAGUGGUCGUGACCCUGGUGGAUGGCCAGCGCCUGACGAAUCUGUCUCCGUCCUUUCCCUGCACUGUCUCUCCCUGUCCACGUGUGUCUCCGCCUUCGCGUUCGCUCUCCCUCUCGUUUCUUCGGAGAUCAAAGACGCUCGACAGCAGGCCUUCGGCGUCCUCUCCUCUUGACUCCUCUGCCCCUUCGCCCCAGUUGCCUUCUCCCCACGCCCAUUCAGAGGUGUCUCCGACGCAUGCAGAGGUGUCUCCGGCUUAUGGGACUGUCUCUGGAGUGCCUAGGCCCCUUCGCGGUUUUGUCCGGCACGACUCGGGAACAGGGCCUCUCGGGGCGGGCGCAGGUGUCUCUUCUUUCGCUUUGACUCGGUCAGCCACCUCGUUUCCUCCAGGGAGGUCCGCGGACGAAUAUCAGCUUCCCUGCUCUUCUCCGGUUCUCGGAGGCCUUUCUGAAAGGGAAGCUGGGGCCGCCAGCCUCCCCGCGCUAUCCGCCCAGACGCUGUGGACGCGCUUGGAGUCUCUGAGGCAACUGGCGACAGAGGUGACCCGUGUGAAGUGCGAGAGAAGAAGGCGGGAGAGACAGCUGUCUGCGCUGCUUGGCGGUGCAGUAGAUACACCCCAGCGCGAGAGAGAGAGACGGCGCGGGGAUGCCGUGGACGUCUUGGGCUCGGGAGCCGGAAACUGGGAGAACGGAGAGCAGUCAACAUGCAAGCCUGCCUUCAGUUCUUCUGCCUGGCAAUAUAGCGAAGGCAAGGACGAGAAAGAGGAGAAACGAGACAGAGCGCUUCCUCCUGUCUCCCGGACCGUGUCUUCAGCAGGGCCAGGGGAGAAGAGAGAGACAAGGCAACAAGCAGUUUCUCGGUUCAUCAAGGUUUCUCCGCCUUCUUGCGACUGCCCCUCGACUUCUUCCUUAUCACGUUCCGGUUUGUGUGCCGACUUCAAGUCCUCCGUGUCUCCUGGAGUCUCUCUCGCGAGGUGUCUCGGUAGGUCUGGUCUUCGGGCGCGCGUCGAAGCCCUCAGAGAGGCGGUCGCGAGCGAGCGCCGGAGCCUGGAGACGGCGUCUCCGUGGGGUGAGUCUCGAGGCCAAGCGGUGUGCGGCGACCUCCCGCUUCUCCGACACGCGCUCUACUGCCGCCGCAUCCGCAUGCUUUGCGAGUUGGUCCAGAUUUUUCCGGUGGAGAACUACGGCCGAGACAGAACCAUUCGCGGCCUAGAAAUUCCUUCCCUGGAUGUGCUCGAGCGGUCGCUCUUCGGCGUCGUCUCGCCUCCCGUCUCGAGUCGCCGCCGCGGCAGCGCCCCACAGGCGCUGACGGGACCCGCGGGUCCCGAGUCUUCGGGGACUGGGCCGGCCGCGGGGCUUGAAGGCAGAGACAGUCUCUCUGAUGCGCAGGGCGUCGCGACGAGUGUGGGGUCGUUCUCCUUCGCAAACGGCGGCGCGAUGGCCCUGCUGAGGGGCGCGAGUGGCAGUGGCUCUUCAGGUUUUGUAGCCUUGGCAGGAUCGGGGCCAACUGCCUCGGCGCCCGCGCAGCUGGCACCAGCGGAGGCGGAGACGCUGUCCGCCGCGGUUGGCUUUCUCGUUCACCUCGUCGUCUUCAUCCAGAAAUACCUCGACCUUCCGGUCGUCUCUCCCAUCCUCAGUCCGCUCUUCCAACCGCACGCGCUGCGUCUCCUGUCUCCGACUCUGUGGGGCGCGGGUCCCAGCGACGAGAAAGGCAGACGCAUGCACUCGCUGCGUCUGCAGGUCCUGCUGCAGCAGCACGAGCUGUCUCUGAAGCAGCUGGCGUCGGGCGCCUUCGAGCCCAGUGAGGGUAGAGCCCAAGAGGCCGGUGGGUCCCGCGCCUCCUUGCUGGGUGGCGGGGCCCUGGGAAGAGACAGUUUGGCGGCGGGGGCGUUCUUCGGCGGCAGAGGUGCGACUGUGCAGACCACAGGGAGCACUGCAAACGCUGCCUCUCUCCUCGGUUUAGCCGCAAACGGAAGCUCGACAGGAGCAUCACUGUCUGCACCCCUGCCCGCCCUCGACUGGCGCAUCCAGCUUCCGCUGUAUCUACACCCGAGUGCCGGGGGCGGCGGCGGGACUGCCAUGCUGCAGAGACAGCAGACUUUCCUCGAGGGCCUCAGAACCGUCGCGGAGUGUCUCUCCGAGGAGUGGGGCGCCGAGCUCGGCGUCCGGCUGUCGCAGAGUCAGGUCCGCGUCCGAUUUGUGGGAUCGAGACCCUGUGGGGACGGAACAGACGACAGGGAAGAAGACAUGGAGGACCCCCUGAAUGUCCUCGAAACCGUAGAAACAAUUCUCCACCGAGAGAUGUGGGGAUUCGGCAGCCUCAGUUAACACACAAAACACCAAGCCAAUGCAUGCAUAGACACGUGGACGUGGAGUUGUACAUAUAGAGAGAGAGUACAACUAUACAGAGACGUACAUAUUUUAUAAUUAUACAUAUAUCGAGUGAAUAUAUAUAUAUAUAUACAUAGAUGUGUGUACGUAAGUUUAUACUGCAGGGUGGACGCGCGUGGAUGAUCCAAAGGAGAGAACGGCUGUCGAGUGUUAGAGUGCAAGCGCACGAGAGACGUGAAGGCGAAGAAAUUGAUGCAGAGUAGAAAGUUGAGAAGCUCAUUUGGAGUCAUGUCGAGGCAGAGAAGAACAGACAGUUCGGCAGAUUGCAAAGGUGGGGAGAAGGUCUGGAAGCCACGAAGGAGAUUGCAAGAAUCGAUGAAGAAAGUUCGGUUUGCUGUCACUCAAGGAGAUGCAAGACUCUGCAGGAUUCUCCUUCUCUUUCUGUCGCUGCGACUCGCCGUGGUGGCUUGUUCCCUUGUCUGUAGUCGCCUUUACGGUCUUGACGCACGCAGCCAGAAGAGGUAGCUGUUCAUAGACAUUUAUCAAUAUUUGAAAGUCGCAUUCAGCGUCGGUGUUUCACGGCGCCUCCACAGGUUUUUCUUCAAACACGACAAAAAACCGCGCUUCCUCUCUUCAACUUGUUGCGGAGCUCUUCUCUCUGUGCCUGCGUACCUGCUGUCUGUACACUUCUGCUUCGACCCCAGUUCGAGAAGCAUCCGCUUGUUGGCUUCUGUCCUUCUUUCGUCACCGAGCCUCCACCUUGCUCCCUCACUGAUUAGAGAGGCCUAGGCAUCUGUCUCUCUUCUUGCACUGUGCGUUUGCUGAGAAAAGACGCCGAGUCACCCUUCGGCCUAGCCACGAUUACAAAGAGUUGCGAAAAAUAUGCAUUUAUUCGGAG